AUGGAAUGUGUAUGGAAUUAUGGUAACAGGGCAUUUAACAGAGCGCUCCCGAGACACCUGCCGGAUUCGCUUAUCGUUAAUGGCAAAGCCCAAUUUGAUUCUUGGUCAUAUGGUUUUCGAACGUGUUCAAGAAGGUGGUUGAACGUGCCGGCAAAGAACAAACAAUUAUAUAUUACGACACCAAUAUUCUAUGUGAAUGAUAAACCACAUAUAGGACAUUUGCAUUCAGCUCUUGUGGCUGACUGUUUGAAGCGGUUUUUUGAACUACGCGGACACAAAAUCCAACAAGCUGCCGCGAAAGCAAAAAAGUCCACGCAAGUGUUUUGUGACGAAGCAUCACAGAGAUUUCGGGACUUGUUUGAUGCGGCGAAUAUCCAGUAUACAACCUUCAUUCGUACGACUGAGAAGAGACAUGAAGAAGCUGUUUGUUUCUUCUGGCAACGUCUUGUAGAGAAUGGGUUUAUUUAUAAGGGUAUCCAUGAGGGUUGGUAUUCCAUUUCAGAUGAGGCCUUCUAUACGGGAUCGGAAGUAUCUGAUGUAACCGAUAGCAAGUCGGGUGAAAGCUACAAGAUUGCGUCGGAAACAGGCAAAAGAGUAGAAUGGACCAGGGAAGAGAAUUACAAGUUUCGAUUGUCUGACUUUCGGGAGAGACUAUUGCAUUGGUUAGACACAGAAUCAAACGUUGUUGUGCCAAGAAAUCGAUAUAAUGAGGUCAAAUCGUGGAUUCAAACUGGCUUGUCUGAUUUGUCAGUGUCUCGAUCGAGAUCUCGAUUAAAUUGGGGUAUCCGCGUGCCGGAUGACCCCGAACAGACAAUAUACGUAUGGCUCGAUGCAUUAAUUAAUUAUCUUACGGUUACGGGAUAUCCAUGGCCUGAUAAUUCUGUGUCUGAUGCCGAUUACGGAUGGCCACCACACGUCCACAUCAUUGGAAAAGAUAUAUCGAGAUUUCACGCUGUCUAUUGGCCUGCUUUUCUGAUGGCGGCGAAUUUACCGCUUCCGAGACAAAUAUUUGCUCAUUCUCAUUGGACAAUGAACAAGAUGAAAAUGUCCAAGAGUUUAGGAAACGUGAUCGACCCGUUGCAGGCUAUGGAUAAAUAUGGAGUUGAUGCUGUUCGAUAUUACUUGAUACGCGAUGGAGGCGUUGCUGACGAUGGCGGAAACGCUUCAAAAACACUCAAUCCAAAACUGCUAGUACCGCAAACUCCAAGUAUUAACAGUUCUAAUUCCGAUGAUCUUGCUCUACAGGAAAAACUACAAAGUUUACCUGAUAUCGUAGCAGAACUUUAUCAAAGACUCAACCUAAACAAAGGGCUGGCUGCAAUAUUCGAUACUCUUGCCGAGGCAAAUCGACACUUUACCAUAUACGAACCGUGGAAACUUGUUAACGAUCCAUCACAGCAGGACAGGCUAAACACCUCGCUAUUCUAUGCAGCGGAAUCAGCACGUAUAGCCGGAAUACUCUUACAACCAGUAAUGCCAGCGAAAAUGUCGCAGCUACUGUCUAAACUCGGUGUAAAGCCAAACGAGCGUACAUGGGAACAUGCCAAGUUUGCUCAUGGAUGGCCAGCCGAUGCUAAUACUCCUCGAACGCUUGGCAAAGAGUCUAAUGUGAUCUUUCCCAAACUCUACUGA